UUUUAUAUAUACACAACAGGUAUUCAAGAGAAAAAAAUUAAUAAACCUUAGAAAAAAAUCAUUUUACACUUGAAUGGUGUCAAGUCCCGUGUGAUGUUAAUGUGUAAUAUGGAAUUAAAUGGGCUUUAUUUCUAGAAAAUUUAAUUAAUUACAACUCAAGCUGAUAUAAAGAAUUGUCUUUUUUUGGUGAGAAUUACGAAAUAUAUAUAUACAUAUAUAUAAAGUUAACGGAAAAAGACAGAAAAGGAAUAGUGAAAAAUCAAUUUAAGAGGAUGUAAAUUAUCAUUGAAAUAGUUUGUGAUUUUCUUUAUUAGAUAUGUAUUUUGUGACUAUUUAGAAUGACAUCAUCGAGUAAACCGAAUGAAAACCUGACAAUUCAGAUACCAAAGCCAGUGGUAGAAACGGAUUUAGAUGUGAUAGAAAACGGAGGUAUAAGUCCUCAGUUAUCAAUACGAACAGAAGAUGACGCAUGUUCGGAAAUCAUUCGGAUUGAUCCUCAAACGCCAGACGAGAGACCUACGGCUUUAGGAAGAUUUGUUCAGACCCUUCAGGUGAUAAAAGCAUGGGCAUCAGGGAGAUGGAAGGCACGAACGUUACCACAGCGACCAGAUUCCUUUUUGGAAAGAGUCGCGAUGGGUGGUACAGAGGCAAAACUGACGCCAGGAGAUCGGCGGACGAGAAAAAUCUCAGAUAUCAGAUAUUGGAAAGGGUUUGUUGUGGAUCCGUCGCAGUCUUACUACUAUCGUUGGUUAUUUGUUAUAUCUAUUGCCGUCCUUUACAAUAUUAUUUUCAUCAUCGCUCGAGCAACGUUUAUAGAGAUGCAGCAGGAGUAUCAAGCUUUAUGGUUCACUCUGGACUACUUUAGUGAUUUCUUGUACAUAUUAGAUAUGAUUGUCUCCCUUAAAACAGGUUAUCUUGAAGAGGGUCUUCUCGUCAGAGAUUUUACAAAACUUCGAAAAAAUUACUUAAGUUCAACAAACUUCAAAACAGAUUUACUCAGCAUUGUACCUACCGACUUUUUCUAUCUAAUAACUGGUACAAGUGUACCAGAGUUGCGGUUUAACAGAAUUUUAAGAUUCAGUAGACUUUUAGAAUUUUUUGACCGCACAGCCACUCGUACAAGCUUUACAAAUAUGGUGCGUAUUCUGAACCUUGUUUUGUACAUAUUGAUAAUCAUUCAUUGGAACGCAUGUAUAUACUUUGCUAUGAGCAAUGCAAUAGGAUUUGGAAGUGAUGGUUGGGUGUAUCCAAAUAUUACAAACCCGAUCAAUGCACGAUUGACUAGAAAAUACAUAUAUAGUUUUUAUUGGUCUACUUUGACCUUGACAACAAUCGGGGAAACCCCGACGCCAGAAAGAGACAUCGAGUUUUUGUUCGUUGUUGUGGAUUUUCUCAUUGGUGUUUUAAUAUUCGCCACAAUUGUUGGUAAUGUUGGUAGCAUGAUAACUAACAUGAACGCAGCGCGUGCGGAGUUUCAAUCAAAAAUGGACGGGGUUAAGCAAUACAUGGAAUUUCGAAAAGUUACGAAAGAAUUAGAACAACGUGUCAUUAAAUGGUUUGACUAUUUGUGGACCAAUAAGAAAUCAUUAAACGAGGAGGAAGUGCUUAUGUCACUUCCGGACAAACUAAAAGCGGAAAUUGCAAUCCAUGUGCAUUUAGAUACGUUGAAACGGGUAGCGCUAUUUCAAGACUGUGAACCAGGACUUUUAGUAGAAUUAGUGCUAAAAUUAAAACUGCAAGUGUUUAGUCCUGGUGAUUAUAUUUGUCGAAAAGGGGAUAUAGGCAAAGAAAUGUACAUUGUCAAAAGAGGACAACUAGGUGUUGUUUCCGAUGACGGGAAACAGAUUUUCGCUACGUUAAGAGAAGGUAGCGUGUUCGGAGAAAUAAGCAUUUUAAACAUUGCAGGGAACAAGCACGGUAACAGACGAACCGCAAAUAUCCGGAGUAUUGGAUAUAGUGAUUUAUUUUGUUUAUCAAAAGAUGAUCUUUGGGAAGUAUUAACCCAAUACCCUGAUGCAAAACAAAUCUUGAUAGACAAAGGAAAGAAAAUAUUAAGAAAAGACAACCUUUUGGACGAAGAACUUAUGCAGCAAAUGGAAGCUCAAGAAGAAACAACGGACCAAAAGUUACAACGCAUAGACGGCAGUCUAGAUACACUUCAAACUCGUUUUGCACGUCUGCUUGCCGAUUUUAACACAACACAACAAAAACUAAAGCAACGAAUCACAAAAAUAGAGAAAGUCUUACGAAAAGAUGAAGAUACUAUCUCAAACUUUUCUGCGUUUGAUAGUUGAUAGGACUAUAGGUAGAUAAACUAAAAUAUGUGCGCGUGCUAAUUUUAAAAAUUAUUAAUAUGACUGUAUGACACUAUGUAAUUAUUACAAUAACAAUCAACUGAUCAAACGGUCAUUUUUCAACUGAAGAUAAAUUUAAUAUGCCACUAAACCAUAUAAAACGUGAUACAUUUUGUUCAUAUCCUAGUGCAGUAUAUUUCACAAUAUUCAUAUUCGGGACUCCACAAAAGCUAUGAACCCGUAUCCCAUUUGAAGCCCAAUAACAAUAUUGGUAUACGCCAGUAGUAAUUACAAUCAUCGAUUACAUUCUUAACAUUCUUUUUUAUUCACAGGAGAUAGGUCUCAUAUCCCCUUUUGAGUUAACCAAUCAAAUUGCAGGAUAAGCCCGGACAUUUCAAUCUAGUACUAAUUGACCAAUGAUUGGCUUUAAUUACCUCUGGGAUAUGAUAUGGUUAAUAUCAGGGUUAAACGUUUUUUGUGAUAUUGUUAUUAUAGCCAUUUGGUGUUUUAGAAUGUAAAUGUGUACAUUUACAUGAUAUGACAUAACAUUGCAUUACAUUAUUACAUAAUAUAACAUUGCAUCACAUUACAUUGUUUUUACAUUAUGCGUUUUUUAUUUAAUCCAUGUGCAGAUGAUUAUUGAUGCUUUCAUAAAAUGCUUCAUAAUAAUAAUAUUUUGCUAUUGCUCAGCUGCAUGGUCUAUUAAGCAAAAUGUAGUUUAUUUAAAAAUGUAAAAACCGUUUGAUUUAAACAACUCGUAAAGUAUGAACAGAACAAUAUUAAGGGUUAAAAAGGGAUGAAACGCCAGUACCUUAAACUGAAAAUUAAGAAAUUUCAAAUGAAAGAAUAUAAUUCUUCAUAUAGCAAAUAACAUUAAUUUAUGUAUCUAACAUGUAUAAUGAAUAAUAUAAAUUAAGUUAUGAUUCGUUUAUUAAGUUUUAUUGUUAGCUUUUUAAACUGUAUAUCUAUAAUAUGUUUCACAUGAUAUGGAAACCAAGCUAUUUAUAUUUAUGUAUAAUAAUUUAGAAAAUAUGAUGUAAAAAAUAUGAAAACAAAUGAAUUAACUACCUGAAACCAAUUUAAACCAUUGUGAAGGACAAUAUUAUCCUUUUUAACCGUUUGAACCUUCUAAACCUAAAACCAAGAAAAACCUUUACUGACAACACAAGAAAAACCUUUACUGACAACACAAGAAAAACAUUUACU